UCACAAUCCACUGUAUAAAACGACAAACCUUGCUAGUGUUGUUUGGGUCUCUCAUCCACUCCCAAGCAAUCCAGUGAAGUUGUGAGAAGUGAAUUCAAGAUGACCAGGCUCACAAUUCUAGCAGGCUUAUGUCUGGUGAUAUGCCAGCUGGGAUCUGCCACCCAGAUGGUAUGCUAUUUCACCAACUGGUCCCAGUACAGACCUGGUGAAGGCAAGUAUCUGCCACAAGAUGUGGACCCCUUCCUUUGCACAACCCUGAUCUAUGCCUUCUCCAUCAUCAACCACAACAACGAGCUGGUUACCUAUGAAUGGAAUGAUGAGGUUCUCUACAAGUCUUUUAAUUCUCUGAAGGACAAGAAUCCUCAUCUGAAGACUCUGUUGGCUGUUGGUGGCUGGAACUUUGGUUCAAGGCAGUUCUCCAUCAUGGUGUCCACUCCAGCUAACCGUCAGAAAUUCAUCCAGUCUGCUAUCAAAUUCCUGAGGACUCAUGGAUUUGAUGGUCUGGAUCUGGACUGGGAGUACCCUGGUGCUCGUGGAAGUCCCCCAGAGGACAAACAGAGGUUCACUCUGCUCUGCAGGGAACUCGUUGCAGCCUUUGCAGCUGAAGCCAAGGCCACUGGCAAUCCUCAGCUCAUGCUGACUGCUGCUGUGUCUGCUGGCAAGGGAACCAUCGAUGGUGGAUAUGAAAUUGCUGAGAUUGCCAAGGAGCUGGACUUCAUCAAUGUGAUGACCUACGACUUCCAUGGAACUUGGGAACAGUUCACUGGACACAACAGCCCUCUGUUCCGUGGCUCAGAGGAUUUUGGUGACCUAAUCUAUUUCAACACAGACUUUGCCAUGAAGUACUGGAGAGACAAUGGCACCCCAGUAGAGAAGUUGAGGAUGGGUUUUGCUGCUUAUGGUCGCACAUUCCGCCUGACAUCAUCAAAAACAGGUGUUGGAGCCCCAGCUAGUGGCCCUGCAUCAGCCGGACCAUUCACACGUGAAGCAGGAUUCUGGUCCUACUAUGAGAUCUGUGGUUUUGUGAAGGACACCAAAAUUCAGUGGAUUGAGGACCAGAAAGUCCCCUAUGCCACCAAGAACAAUGAGUGGGUGGGAUUUGACACCCGGGAGAGCUAUGAGAUCAAGGUACAAUACCUGCAGGAGCAAAAGUUUGGUGGUGCCUUUGUGUGGGCCCUUGAUUUAGAUGACUUUGCUGGACGAUUCUGCGGACAGGGCAACCACCCUCUGCUGGCUCAUCUCCGCAAACUUCUUGAUAUUGAGCUGCCCCCUCUGCCCUCUACCACCACUCCCAAACCUGGUGCUAGCACCACUAGACCAACUACCACCACCACCACCACCACCCAUGCCCCAGGAAGCGGUUUCUGCAAUGGCAAACCUGAUGGCCUCUAUGCCAACCCAGAUGACAGGGCCAGCUUCUACAUGUGCGCUGGUGGCAUCACCCAUGUGAGAAAUUGCGGGAAUGGAUCUGUCUUCGAUGACAGCUGCAAAUGCUGUGUCUGGCCCUGAGCAAUGUGCAAUUCAACUGAUGUAAAUGUCAGCUAUUAAACAGUCUGUAAAAGUUC